AUGACUACACUAGAAAAUGUAGAAACGAAAUUGUUAACCGGAUGUAGUGACAUGUACUCCGGUAUAACUGUCGAUAAAGAGCUUCUAGCUAAAACAUGCGUUCUAUUUGAACGUCAACUAGAACAAUCAUUGUUAGCAUGGCGUGAAGCGAAGCGAAGAGGAAUUUGGCUUCCAAUACCACAUGAUCGAACUGAACUUAUUUCUAUUGCACAAAAAUUUGGUUUCGUUCUUCAUCAUGCCAAACCAGAUUAUGUUAUGUUAACAAAUUGGCUCGACGAGAACGAACCGAAUCCAUUACCUUCUUAUGCAAUCUCUACGAUCGGUGUCGGUGGUCUCGUAGUGAAUAGCAAGCGAGAAGUAUUACUUAUACAAGAACGAUUUGCUUAUGUUGANUCCAAUACCACAUGA